GUGUUGACAGUUGUCCCUUUCCUCCUCCUAGUCCCUCCCCCGGCAAACAUUCCAGACGAUGCCGCCAAGGAUUGUGUGGCGGUCAGCCUGAAUUCGCCACCAUGAGGGCCGUGCCGACCUGGGUGGACAAGGUGCAUGAUCGGGACAAAGUAGAGCAGUGUAUAUAUGAUUUGUGCUUUAGACCUGAUGGAUCACAGCUCAUUGUAGCAGCAGGGAACCGUGUGCUGGUGUAUGACACGACAGAUGGAGCACUGGUGCAACCCCUCAAAGGUCACAAGGAAGCAGUGUAUUGUGUGGGCUACAGUAAAGACGGCAAACGUUUUGCUUCUGGCAGCGCUGACAAAAGUGUUAUCAUAUGGACUUCAAAACUUGAGGGCAUCCUUAAGUAUUCGCACAAUGAUGCUAUACAGUGCUUGGCGUACAACCCUGUGUCCCACCAGCUAGCCUCCUGUGCCCUCAGUGACUUUGGCUUGUGGUCACCUGAGCAGAAGAGUGUACAGAAGCAUAAGAGCACAAGUAGGAUUUGUUGCUGUGCCUGGACCAAUGAUGGGGUGUACCUGGCCCUUGGACUGGCCAAUGGUGUGGUCUCCAUCAGGAGCAAGGUUGGAGAAGAAAAAAUGAGAAUUGAACGUCCAGGAGGAAUAAACUCCCCAAUUUGGUCGCUGGCUUGGAAUCCUUCAAAAGAUGAGCCUGUGGAUGUUCUUUGUGUUGCUGACUGGGGCCAGAAUCUCUCUUUUUACACCCUCAGUGGAAAACAGGUGGGAAAAGAAAGGAUACUUGGCUUUGACCCUUGCUGUGUGAGUUACUUCAGCAAAGGAGAGUAUAUACUGGUAGGAGGCUCCAACAAGGCAUGUCUCCUGUACACCAGGGAAGGGGUCAAGCUUGGCACCAUUGGGGAGCAGUCCUCCUGGGUGUGGUGCUGUGCUGCUCGCCCAGACUCCAACUUUGUAGCUAUUGGAUGUCAAGAUGGAACAAUUGCUUACUACCAGUUGAUAUUUUCCACGGUGCACGGUCUCUACAAGGAGCGCUAUGCUUUCCGAGAGAACAUGACAGAUGUCAUAAUACAGCAUCUCAUCACAGAACAGAAAGUGAGAAUCAAGUGUCGUGAUCUUGUCAAGAAGAUUGCAAUCUACAAACAUCGUUUAGCAGUGCAGCUGCCUGAAAGAAUCAUCAUCUAUGAGCUGUACUCCCAGGAUGCCUCAGACAUGCACUACCGAGUGAGGGAGAAGAUCAACCAGCGCCUGGAGUGUAACUUGCUUGUUGUUUGCACGAAUCACAUUGUUCUCUGUCAGGAGAAGCGUCUGCAGUGCCUUAACUUUGUUGGGAACAAGGAGCGUGAGUGGCAGAUGGAUUCACUCAUUCGGUACAUCAAGGUGGUGGGAGGCCCAGCCAGUCGUGAGGGUCUUCUCCUUGGUCUGAAGAAUGGACAGGUGCUAAAGAUUUUCUUGGAUAAUGCAUUUCCUGUGCCACUGCUGAAAGUUCCCUCUGCCAUCCGCUGCCUGGAUCUGAGCUCUUCACGGCAGAAGCUUGCCGUGGUGGACGAGCACAGCACACUCUUGGUUUAUGAUGUCAAGACCUCAGAGAUGCUGUUCCAGGAACCCAAUGCUAAUAGUGUUGCUUGGAACACAAGUUGUGAAGAUAUGCUAUGUUUCUCUGGAAGCAACACAUUAAACAUCAAAGCUUCAAAUUUUCCAACUCAUCAGCAGAAAUUGCAGGGCUUUGUUGUUGGGUUUAGUGGCAGCAAGAUCUUCUGUCUGCAUAUCUACAGUAUGUCAACUAUUGAGGUGCCCCAGUCUGCUCCAAUGUACCAGUACCUUGAUAAGAAAAUGUUCAGAGAGGCAUAUGAAAUUGCAUGUCUGGGUGUCACUGAUGGAGACUGGGAAGCAUUGGCCAAAGCAGCUCUUCAAGGCUUGGAAUAUAACAUUGGGAAGAAGGCAUUUACAAGAGUGAAGAAUCUACGAUACCUAGAAUUGAUAAACUCAAUUGAGGAUCGACAACACAAAGGAGAGAUUGAUAACAACAUAUUUCUGGCAGAUAUUUUGGCAUAUGAAGGCAAAUUUUCUGAAGCUGCCAAGCUGUACCACAGAUGUGGCAAGGACCAAGCAGCCAUGAAUAUGUACACAGAUCUCAGAAUGUUUGAUCUGGCACAGGAGUAUCUUGGUUCUGAUGAGACUGUGGACAGAAAGCAGUUGAUCAGGAAGAAGGCAGACUGGGCUCGAAACAUCAAUGAGCCUCGGGCAGCAGCAGAGAUGUACCUGUCUGCUGGAGAAACUCACAAGGCUAUUGAAAUCAUGGGAGAAAAUGGCUGGGUAGACAUGCUGCUGGAUGUUGGCCGCAAGACUGAUAAGGCUGAUCGGCAGACCCUGAACUUGUGUGCAGAACACCUGCGCCGUCUCAACUCCCUCACCUAUGCUGCAGAAAUGUACAAAAAAAUGGGAGAGAUGCAGAGUGUGAUAGAGCUUUAUGUGGAGGUGCAAGACUGGGAGGAGGCCUUUGUGUGGGCAGAGAAGCACCCAGAGUACCGGCAGCUGGUCUAUGUUCCCUAUGCCACAUCUUUGGCUGAACAAGACAAGUUUCUACAGGCACAGAAAGCUUUCCAUAAGGCUGGCAAACCAGAGGAGGCCUUCAGGGUGCUAGAACAACUCACAAUGAAUGCUGUAAAUGAAAACAGGUUUGAUGAUGCUGGUUACUACUACUGGAUGCUGGCCAUGCAGUGUCUGGACCUAGCAGCUGAGAAUGAAGAGGAAUAUAGUGCCAUGAUGACCAAGUUUAGUGACUACCAGAAGAAGGCGUCAAUGUACUAUGUGUAUCAUACUAUUCAACGUUACAUGGAUGAACCCUUCACUGCCUACAUGCCUGAGGCCUUGUUCAAUAUCUCCAGGUUCCUGAUGCAUGAGCUGAUGACUGCACAGCCCACAGGCAUCUCCAAAUUCUCCACCUUGUAUACCCUCUCAAAGCAGGCAAGGAACCUGGAAGCUUACAAGCUUGCUCGUUAUGUGCUGGAUAAGCUACAAACUCUGCGCGUUCCCCAGAGAUUUCAGGAAGAUGUUGAAUUAGCAGCACUCAAGAUUCGGGCCAAGCCUUUCCACGACAAUGAGGAGCACCAGCCAUUGUGCUAUCGCUGCUCCACAACCAACCCACUUGUCAACAAUAAUGGCAACCAGUGUGUCAAUUGUUGCCAUGCAUUUGUUUAUUCUUUUGUGUCUUUUGAAAUCUUACCAGUUGUUGAAUUUGUGCUGGAGGAGGGAAUAUCUGAUGAGGACGCUCUACACCUUAUCCAACAAUCUGGAGGGAGUGAUUCGAGGGAUGGCAGUGACUCAAAAGGAGGCAGCUAUGAUGAAGAGGAAGAUAACCACUGGAAACGUUCAGACUCAGGCACUGCAGAGGCUCUCACCUUUGAUGGCUCUCCCUCACACGGCGAGCCAAGUGAUGAUCCAUUCACUGCUAAUCUGAUGAACUUUUAUGGAGGCUCAGAGUACCAGCCAGUGACGGUGGGCAGGAAAGCUCUGAUAGCAAUGGAGCCUCAUGAUGUCAUUGUGUGUCGCUGGCCAAAACCUCUCAGAUUCCAGUACUACAAGAACUUUAUGCCAGACAUGCCAAUUACUCUCUGUGUUCACUGUAAUAAGAUGUUCCACACUGAUGACUACACUCUGCAGGUCCUCCAGAAGGGUCAUUGUCCCUUCUGCCGCACAACCAUUGGAGACACUUCUGACAACAACAAUGACUAAAAACUUAUAAAUGCAUGCAUGUAUUUUAAGUGCAAGUGAAGGUAACUCUUACAGGUAUGAAUAACUUUAAUGGUAGGAAAUUUCUUCACUGCAUUCCAUCAACCUACCUACAUUAGCCACAAAAAAUAUCUUCACAUGAAAACACAAAAUAAAUACUAAUGUAGGAGUUUGUAGACCAACACUCAGUUGCUCAUUUCAGAAUCAAGUACAUCUUGCCCUGUCUGCUACUUGAACAGCAGUAGUAAAGCAUUCAGAAAAUCAAAACAUGACUAUUUUGGCCAUUGUUUUUUUCUUUUAAGGAUGGUCCUGCCAUAAUGCUUUAAUUUUGGCACCCUUCUCCUCUAACCAGAUAUCUCAAUGGGUUAUGAAAACUCGCAGAAGUGGAGCCACAUUCUCUAACUGAAGGAAGAAGGGUGUUCUGUAAUUCAUAUGGCUUGUGAUAUCAAGGAAAUUAACUGAAUCAUUUACAACUUGCAAAGUGCUGUGAUAUUCAUGUCAACAAAUCUAUUACUCAAUCAAAGACAGACUCUGGAGAAAAUUAAAAGAUUUCCUUGAGGUCACUUUACUUUUUAUGACCAUGUCACUUCACAGAGAAGUUUUUAAUUUUUUUUUCAGAACCCUCCUUCACUCCACUGUUGUAUCACCUGCUGCUUGGGACAUUGCCAUCUUAAAUUUUGUAUAUGUUGUAAUACAAAGAUUUAUUAUGUAUUCUAUGUGUAAAGAAAAUUUAUGGCAAAUCUAUCUUAUUUAUCUCUGUAUAUAUCAGGCUAACAUUUCCCACAAGGAGAGAUAGAAGAGACAGGAUGUCCCUGCACUCAUAGUGAUGAUCUUCAUCACACCCACAAGCAUUCCCUCACACCUUAGCCUCUAAGCCAGAGGUUCUCAAACUUUAUUGCUUAGUGGCACACUAAUGAUAUAUAUUGGGCUUUGCUGGUGCACCAACUCUACAGUCACAUGUAGUGUAUACCUAUCAUGAAAGUUAUGAGGUGCACUUAGGGGAUGGUCACAGCACACUUCUGCACCGUGGCACAGAGUUUGAGAAUCACUGCUCUAAGCCUUGAAAGAAGAGAGGACCAAUCCUCAUCAACCACAAUGUGUAGCAUACCUUGGCCUCUCUGCAUUAGCGCUUCAUGGCAGAAAAUGUUUACCAAUGCUGUACCAUAAUACAGCCAGUGCCUUUCUUGUCAAUGUGGUGAAUAUUGAAAUAUGCAUGUGGAUAUCUUGUCUCAGCUAACCCUCUUAUGGAGUAAGUUGGGUUGGUAUAUAGACAGCCAGUCAUAAAAACUACCAUUAGUCAUUCAUUGUUAUCCCAUCAAGACAAGUUUCAUGUAGCAUUCAGAAAGGGAACUCUUCAGGUGGUGUGUGCAUGUGUGCUCACUACUUCCCUGCCACAGUGACAGCUCCAAACAGUCCACGCUUGGCUUUCUUACCAGGGAAUGCUGAUUAUAUAUUACUGAGUGUUACAUACAUACUUAUGAGUCACUUCACAUCACAUCAGUAUAUUCUUUAGAAACCAUCAAGUUUUAUGAAAACUAAUGAUCACUAAUUUAGAUUAUUUGAGAUGACUGAUAACUUCUUAAUACCCAUCUUUGCUGUAUGCAACAAUAUAUCUAUACUUAGUAUUGGUAUUAGACAUUUUUGUACUCUAAAUAUAUUUCUAUUAUAGGUCAUCAUAGGUUCAUCAAAAUAAUAUUUUCUACAAAUUUUGAAACUUUUAUAGAUCUGAAGCAUAUUUUUUAAAUUCAAUUAUUAUUCAAUUUAUGUAUCAUAACAUGAUGAAAUGCUGAGGUAGAAUGGAUCGUUAUAAGUCAGAGAUGAUUGGUUUAGAUAGAUAACAUAUCAAUUUUAUACAUAUAUCUCUAUAUUCUGACACUUCUUUGUGGGAGCUCUAUCAAAAACCUGGUCACAGGAAAGUCUUCACUACGUCCGUCCGUAAUCAGUGCAAACUCCAGUCGUUAUAUUCUCCCACUUCUGUCUCUCUUUGACUUUAACAACAAGCCCUUCCAUUUCACAGGUACCAUUCAUUCUCUUGCAUGUAUGGCACUUGUACCAUUUAUUUGUUUCCAUCUUUUCCCCUUUCAUCUUCUCCAUGUGACCAGAGCAUUUCAGGGUGUUGUCUCACCAGUAUCAGUAUAUUUCAUUCCUUCACUAUUAAUAGAUAUCCUUCUAUCUACACUUUAAUUAAUCCCACCAUCUAUUCCAUCCCUCAACAGUUCUCUGAUCUAAGAUCUUCAGCUCUCACUCUUUCCAAGCCUCACUUUCAUGUCAGCCUUGGAUCUUUCCACUCAUGCAGCAUGAUGUUCAUACCACUGUCUUUUCCCAGCCAGGCUCUCUCUGUAAGUGUUCAUAAUUCCUUCACCUCUAUCCUUACUCACCUUCCUUUGUCAAAUGAUCUUAUUACUUUCAUUCAUGCAAAUCCCUAUUUAUUCCUUAUACAAAUUGUUAUGAUAGCAUUAUUACAGAUAACAUUAUGCAUAGUUCUUACUCUGUUUAACUCUGUUUAAAUAUGUUGAAUGCAGAUAUAUUACUUAUUUUUUUUAUUUCUCAAACUUAACUUAUACUUUCCACCUCUGACAGGUUUCAGCUCAUUUAUCAACUUCUGUAAAUUUCUUGAAUUUUUUGCAUUGUAGUCAGUUGACUGUAAACAGAAUCACACUGAGCUCCAAUGAACAUUAUUUAUAUACAUUUAUAUACUAACAUUGCCAGCAUUUUCAGAAAUAUCUCUUGUAUUUCCAUGCAUUAACAAAAUGAACAUCCAAGGUGAUAUUACUCAUCCUUGUCUCACAUUUCCAUCAACUCAGGAACUUUUGUCCAGUUUCCUUUUCUCCCAAUAAUGGAUAAAUGUUUUCACAUCAUUUAAUAAUUUCCCACAUACUUCAUGCACUUAAUUUUCUUACUGUCUCCGUUUCAUAAAAUUUGCUUCUGUCAGUUUCUAGAUUGGAAAUCUCAUCUAAUCAUCCCUGUCUAGUUCUAAAUCCACCUUUUCUCUUGUACUCCUCAGUUUUCAUAUUUUUUUUCCAUAAGGACUAAAUUAAUUUUCCUAUUAUCACAUUCAUGUUUGUCUUGUUUUGAAACUUAGAGACAGUUUGAUUUAUGUAACAUUUGUUUUAACCCUGCCAUGCACUAGAUGCACAUGUGCAUCAAAAUGUCUUCAUGCAGAACUGCACUGACACACAAAUGCAUCAAAAAACUUAUUUAAAUUAAUUAGAAAUGAAGUUUCUGGUGAAAGUGCAUCAGUUAUCGGUAAGUCAAAAAUGAGCAUAAGUUUCAUAAAAGUAAUGAAUUGGCAAUGCUGAUGCUUCCCAGAAUAGGUUGACCAUUAUAUCAUUUGUCAGUUUCAGCCUUUGACUCAGGCUGUCUGUAUGUAAUCUGAAAUGAAUGCUGAUUUCAGUUUUCUUUUUCUUUUCUUGAGAUCUAAUUGACAUGUCACAAUGACUAUAGUACCAUUGUAAAGACAAUUUAGGUGAUGUACCACACAGAAUGCUUGGGAGAAAAGUUCUGACCACACAGAAUGCUUGGGAGAAAAGUUCUGAGCUACGAGGUUGUGAACAUUUUUCCUAUUUUGUAUUUAUUCUUUACGAAAAAAUAGUGAAAUUACUUUUUUAGUGAUUUUUUUAUGUGAUCACCAUAAAGAUAAUUUCCUUGUGAAUCUAGUGAUACAUAAUACAUGCCUACCUAUGAGUUUUAAAGGAAAGAAAACUGCUUCCAAAUCAAUGUUUUGCAAGGCACAUAGGGAGGCCACAAAUGCCUGCCAACAGAAGAGGUAUUGGAAAGGAAACUUAUGAAAUUUAUUGGUGCAUAAGAGGGUUAAAAAGCUGAGAGGUCAGUGAGAAUCUUGAAAAAAAAAAAAAUGCUUAUUAAAAAGUUAAAAAAAAAAUAAUAAUAAUAGUAAUAAUAAUAGAAAUAAUAGAUUGCUGCUUGCUAUUUUUUUUUAAAUAAAAUCAGGUACCAUAAUGAUGACCAGUUUAUUGAUAAGAUAUUGCAUAAAUGUUUGAGUGCAUUGACAUGAGAAUUAGUCUGUCUUAGGGUGAAGUUUGAAUACAGUACUUUUGGAUAGGAGAAAAAAGGCAUAUUCAAGGGAAAUUAAGGGAGUGUAGUAUAAUGCAGGGACUAUUAAGAAAUAGGAAACCAAGGACAAAGGCACAAAGUUGUGGUUGUUAUUAUUGUUAUAUGGAUAUGAAAUGUAUCUGAUUGUACUCGUAGUAUGAGCAUAAGGAUUUAAGAAUUAUGUAGCAUCUUUUGAGGUACUGUAUAGGAUAGAGAGAAUUAUCUGCUGUGCUCAGAAACAACUGUCCAGAAGAAUAAGAAAUACUGUGGCAAAGGAUGGAAUAAUGGUGUCUAGUGGAGAAAGAAUGUAAGUCUCAUGAGUUGAAUGUAUUGAAGGAAACAAGUGAAGAAAUUUAAGAUGAGGAUGAGAGUAGAAACAUACUGAUAGAUACUUGCAAGAAGGAGUGAAAGUGUGUGAGUCAUGACACAUCCAUUUGUAACCAAAGGCUGGUGAUCUGAAUAGAAAAUUUUGUGUUGUUUAAGAAGUGAUAGUGUUAUUGUUGUUUUCACUUCUCAGUGAUAGAUUACCCUAAGACUUGUUUUCCCUCAUUAUUCAUCUAGUUUUUUGUGGAAUAUACUAUGAUAAAGCAAUUAAUGAUGCAUGAUACAAACAUUAUGAUCGUUGCAAAUUAUUAAUCUCAUAUAACCAGGCAGCUAUAGUAUAGAAAAUUAAGUACAAUAUGUAAUGAUGAAAAUAUAUAAUUUGCAGACAUUAUUUGAAGUUCUGUAAUCUGCAAUAGAUCUGAAAAAAGUGACCUUUCAUGUAAGCCAAAUAGCAUUCUAGUCAUUAAAUUUAGUUAAAUUUC